AUGGCGAAUUCUCCCAGAAGCCCUGAAGGGAAUUUCUCCGGGCCAAGAGAGCUCACCGAGAACCUCCAGCACUUCCUGCUUCACACCAUCGCCAUGGUGACACUGAAGACCCUCGCCGGCCGAGGACUGCCUCUGGGCCACAUAGCACUUCCUGCGCUGCUUGGGUCGCUAUGGCAACAUGCCCUUCCUGUUCCCCUUGCACGCCCGGGGGGAGAUCCCACAGUGCUUCUGCAGGAGUGGAGUGGUGUGGCUGUGCAGGUGGUACAGUCGGCCUCCUCGUCCAUGACCCGAGUGCCUGGCACCUGUAAGUCCCCUCCUUCCGUCUCCCAGCAGCCUGACGGUGGUUUGGGGAGGCAGAAGAGGAUGAGCAUCAGGAGCAGGCUCGAGCCCUUCAAAAUUACUGUCAGAUCUGAAACCGCGCGCAAAGAGAGCCUCCUUUGCUUGCGUGUCAUAUUUCUAGAUGACAGUGAGCAUACUUUCGAAGUCGAGCAAAAGGCCCUUGGAAAUGACUUCUACAACAAAGUGUGUGGCCGGCUGAGACUUCUAGAGAAAGAAUAUUUUGGACUUGAAUUUCGUCACCAGUGCGGUACUUUUGUAUGGUUGGAACUUCUAAAGCCUCUUGUGAAACAGGUUAAAAACAUCAGUGAUCUCUCCUUUCGUUUCAUUGUGAAGUUCUUUCCACCUGACCCUGGACAACUCCAGAAGGAGCUCACCAGGUAUCUGUUUGCUCUGCAGAUCAAGCAGGAUCUUUCUAAUGGGAGCCUGACAUGCAACGAUAACAGCGCAGCUCUGCUCGUCUCCCAUCUGCUUCAAGCUGAGAUUGGAGAUUUCGUGGAGGAGCUGGACAUGCAGCACCUGGAGGCCAAGAAGUAUGUCCCCAACCAGGAGUGCCUCCAGAAAAAGAUCCUGCGCUUCCACAAGAGACACAGGGGUCAGACGCCAGCGGAGGCCGAUGCCCAGCUGCUGGAGGUGGCGCGCAAGCUGGACAUGUACGGCAUUCGGCCCCACGCCGCCAGCGACGGAGAGGGCACCAAGAUCAAUCUGGCUGUCACGCACUCCGGAGUUCUAGUUUUCCAGGGAAACCGGAAAAUAAACACCUUCAGCUGGGCCAAAAUCCGCAAACUGAGCUUCAAAAGGAAGCACUUUCUGAUCAAACUUCAUGCUAAAAUAGUGCCUUCCCAUAAGGACACCCUAGAGUUUGCGAUGGCCAGUCGUGACGUGUGCAAGGCCUUCUGGAAGAUGUGUGUGGAGUGCCACGCUUUCUUCCGUCUGUCUGAGGAGCCCAAGACAAGGCACAAGUCUCUCAUCUACAGCAAGGGCUCCUGUUUCAGAUACAGUGGUCGGACCCAGAGACAGCUGCUGGACUCUGUGAAGAAGGGAGAGAGGAAAAACCUUCCUUUCGAGAGGAAGUACUGUAAGGUGCACUACGACACCCGGCAAUGCAGGUCCUCUCCUGAUCUCCUCACAGACGUCUCCAAACAGGUGUACGAGCAGUCCUGUGGCUUCCCCCACGCGGGCUGCACCCAGAGCGCCAUGCGCAGCCAGUCCGCCACCGAGGUGCUGCUCUCCGCCGACCUGGACCGCCCCCCGACGACCCGCACGGCCGACCCCUCCCUCUUCGCCCAGUCCCGCUCGUCCUCCUUCUCCGGCGUUGAGAGCACGUCUGCAGCCGCGUCGGCGUCCGCCACCCUGCUGCCCGGCAUGGGCAUGCUCCCUGGCAUGGGUACGUUCCCGCUGCGCUGGCAGGGCCAGGAGUGCCUGAGCCACCACCACCCUCACCACCGAGGCUGGGGCCCGGACGCUGGAGCCCCUCAACGGGGCCGUCUACUGGGCAACACGCAGCAGCUGGUGCUGCUCUACCCCAACCCCCACAGCCACCCCCACGCCUGCCUGGGGCUGCCCCCGAUGCUGCCCGUCCUGCCCCUGCCCGCCCAGGCGGCCUUCUGUCUGGAGCCGGUGCCCUGCGUGCUGCCCCUGCCCCCCGCUCGCUGCUGCCACCACGUCCACCACCACCACCACCAUCACCACCACCUCCACCCGCCGGCGCCCGCGCACUCCCUGUUCGCCGCCACCGACGACGUCGUCCUCCGCUCCUCCAGCUUCUCCACCGCCGGCACUCUCUCCCCCGCCAGGCGGCAGCGCUGCACGGGGGCGGCUGCCGCGGGGUUCGCCCCGGCUUUGGGCUUGCCGUCGGGGCUGUUUGCGGUGACCGGUUACGGCGGCGGUCCCGGCGUUGGGCGUAGCCGCGCCGGACGUCUGGAGUUCACGCACGAGGAGCUGGGCCACUUCAGCGACGACUCCAGCUACCAGUCGGGCCUGCCGCGCCGCUCCUGGAGCCAGUCCGACAUGAAGCUCCUGCGCCAGCCCGCGCCCGCCGCCGAGUUCCGGCCCCUGGGCCACUACCCGCACCUGUCCCGCCGCCAGGCCCCCGUGCGGCCCACACACCUGCCCCUGCGCUCGACCCCCGGCCCUGAGCGCCGCCCCGCCUCCGUGUGCUUGGUGGCCACGGCGGGUAGAGGCGGCGGCGGCGGCGGCGGCAGCCACGCUGAGCUGAGCCUCAGCGACUCGGACUCGGAGGUGAUGUGCCCGUUCUACUGCCCGGCGCUGGCGGCUCUGGGCCCGGCGGGGCCGUUGGCACGCAUGCGCAUCUCCUCGGGGAGCCUGCAGCUGGACGAGGAGGAGGAGGACUCGGCCAGGCUGAGGGAGGCAGAGGGGGCGGGAGCAGGAGCCAAGCAGAAAGCUUGA